UCGUUUUGACCGUGAAUUGUACUGCACUCCAGUUCCACUCCACCACGCGCUCCACCACCUGGAGUGAAGAAAAGGUAGAGCUUGAAGGUCAGACGCCCAAAGAGCAAAUUGCUAAAAUCUCUUCAUAAAAAUUUGCAAUUCCUCUGUUCUUUUUCAGUCUUUUGGAAAAAUUUUCUUAUUGAACAAAACUGAACCAAAGCAACGAACGAAUCUCGUUGAUCUCUGAAAUUGGAAGAACUUGCUAGAUCCAAGAUUUGAGUUGUGUUGCUAGGAGCUUAAAUCAACAAGGGAGACGGAAAAAUGGCACAGUUUUCGUGCGAUUAUCGCUUUCUUCUGUUUCCUGCAGUUCUAAUGUUCUUCUACAUCCAGCUGCGGCUUUUCACCACGCAAUCAGAAUACGCUGAUCGCCUUGCCGCUGCUGUAAGGCUUUUCUCUUUCAACUGUUGAAUCAGAGAAUCAUUGUACAAGUCAAAUGAGAUUGCUGAUUGAUCAAAUAAGCAUGCAGCAAGGCAGAAUUGUGACCCUGGAAGAAGAAAGAAAACGCCAGGAUGAGGAGCUUGGAGAGCUGAAGAAUCAUCUACAACACUUUGAAAGGAAAGGACUAGAGAGGCUGAUUGAUAAGGCACAGACACCUGUGGCAGCUGUUGUAGUCAUGGCAUGCAAUCGUGCUGAUUAUCUGGAAAGGACUAUUAAGUCUGUUUUAAGAUAUCAAAGAUCGAUUGCUUCAAAGUAUCCACUUUUCAUUUCUCAGGAUGGAUCACAUCCAGAGGUUAGGAGUAAGGCUCUCAGUUAUGAUCAGCUAACAUAUAUGCAGCACUUGGAUUAUGAACCAGUGCAGACUGAAAGGCCUGGUGAAUUGAUUGCGUACUAUAAAAUUGCACGACAUUACAAAUGGGCAUUGGAUGAGUUGUUCUUCAAACAUAAUUUUGGUCGGGUGAUCAUACUUGAAGAUGAUAUGGAAAUUUCCCCUGAUUUUUUUGAUUACUUUGAGGCUGCGGCAGCCCUCAUGGAGAGGGAUAAGUCCAUAAUGGCUGUUUCGUCAUGGAAUGACAAUGGACAAAAACAGUUCGUGCAUGAUCCUUAUGCACUUUAUCGCUCGGAUUUUUUUCCUGGUUUAGGAUGGAUGCUGUCCAGAGAUACAUGGGAUGAGCUGUCACCAAAGUGGCCUAAGGCUUACUGGGAUGACUGGCUACGGUUACAAGAGAACCAUAAAGGUCGACAGUUCAUCCGUCCAGAAGUAUGUAGAACAUAUAAUUUCGGUGAGCAUGGUUCUAGUUUGGGCCAAUUUUUCAAACAGUAUCUUGAACCUAUAAAACUAAAUGAUGUCAAUGUUAAGUGGAAGUCCAUGGAUUUAGGCUAUCUAACGGAGAACAACUACACAAAGUACUUCGCCAAUAUUGUGAAAAAAGCUAUACCUGUCCAAGGAAGUGAUGCUGUUGCUAAGGCAUAUAAUAUAGAAGGUGAUGUUCGUAUUCAAUACAAUGACCAGCCAGACUUUGAGCGUAUUGCACGACAAUUUGGUAUUUUUGAAGAGUGGAAGGAUGGUGUACCUAGGACCGCAUAUAAAGGAAUAGUGGUUUUCCGGUACCAGACAAGAAGGCGAAUUUUUCUUGUUGGCCCUGAUUCCCUCAGGCAGCUUGGAGUUGAAACUACUUGAUAGAAAGAAGAACCAUUUUAGAGCUGUGGAGCCUCUUAUACAAUUGGAUCACUAAUGACCUAGCAAAGAAUAUGGAUAUUACCUAACUAGGUUCAGAUUCCUAGAUGACUGAAUGAGCUUUUUGUUAUUUUCGCUCAUCUAUGUAUCAGUGUUUACUUUACUGUUCCUGUCGACUAUUCGAUGACUAGAGAGAUGGAUAUAUAGAGUAAAAUAGAGAUGGAGAGAUGAAUGAUGGGCUCUCUUGUUUAUUUUUGGAAUGUUCUUACAAUUCGUAGUGCUGGUAUUUGUAUUCUGAGUAGUUACAAACUCUCUAAACGAUUUACUCGUGCUUUUUCA